GCGAUCGUACUGAGCGUAUGCACAUCUCAUACGCACCAUCAUUUGCAUAUACUUAUAGAUAUAUACAUAUAUUUACACUAAUAUAUAAGUGUAUAUAUGCACGAUUUACUACGUACUUAUGUAUACGUACCUAUGCACAUAUGUUUUCCUGCAAAACUUCCCGGUAAAAUUGGUGUUCGCGUUAUUAUUAAAUAUUAGAGUAAAAUAACAGUGACAAUUUAAAUUAUUUUAAUUAAAAUAUUACUAUUAUUAUUGUCAUUUGGGAUUACUCUGCUAGUUAUUACUUGGCAUGAUAAAUUAAGAGUUUAAUUAUGAUUAAAAAAGUUUAUGCUUUAGUGAAUGUUGGUAAUAAUAAUAAUUAUUAUUAUUUAAAUAGUAAUAAUAAUGGUAAAUAACUAAAAGUGAGGGUGGAGUGAAAAAAUGAGAGAAAAAAAAAUUAAGUGUGAAUAAAAAUUUUAUUAUUUGAUCUUGAUAUCGUGCAGGAUUGAUUGGAUAGCAGAAUUGUAAGUCAACGCGACAUCAAAGGACGUUAACCAGUAGGGACACCGAGGGAGUGAGUCCAAUAUUUGAGUACUCUACCAGCGCCAUAUUCUCUACAUCAAAGACACACAUUCCCAGCAUUACUGUUGACGUUAGAGAGUUGUAUCGAUAUUUCUGUAUGUGAUGGGAACACAUUUGGACACAAAGAACCUUCUAAAGUGGCUUAGUGUUAAACUUUAAUGUACAAAGUAGAUAAAAAAAAUUCCAUAUACCGCGUUUCCAUAGAAAAGAAAAAAAAUAAAAAAAACUACAUCGCUAAACGCAUUUUUAAACCGCGUGUGAGUACGUGAGUGAAGUACCCGGUGGUAAGUGAAGGACACUCUGAAGUGUUGAGGCCCGGACGAGGAUCAGGAAGAGUGUGGUGAAAAAACGUCAAAGCGGACAGAAGUGAAGAAAUGAGGUACCAUCCGCCAGUCAUCAUCUUCAUUCUCUUACUCGGCAGCGUACGUGCGCAAGGGGACCCGCGAACAUUUUCGGCUAGGCCUUUCCGAGGAGGACCGCCGAUUCAAGUGACAGCAGUUCUUGAUGGCACGGCUAAAUUACCUUGUGACAUCCGUCCGCCUCAUCCUAACGACUCAGCUCUUUUGGUUGUGUGGUACAAAGCGCCCGAUCGUUCGUCUGAGAUUACACCGAUUUACAGUUAUGACAAACGACUGAACAAAGCGCAACACUGGAUAGAAACAAAAUACUUCGAUAAACGUGCCCACUUUUUCACGGCCAGUGAACCAGCAACUUUGAAUAUAAAGCAAGUUGAGGAAAAAGACGACGGAGAGUAUUUGUGUCGAGUGGAUUUCGUAGCCAGCCCAACGAGAAACUCGAAAAUACAUCUUACGGUAGUCAUUCCGCCUCACAAACCUAAUAUUAUCGAUGAGCACGGCAAGACUGUGUCAGCUAUCGCUGGAACUUACAGAGAAGGUGGUGACAUGCGACUUACUUGUCUCGUCUCUGGAGGUCGACCGUCACCUACCGUUAGAUGGUGGAAGGGUGAAAUGCUUCUUGAGUCUAAGGAUGAACCCGGAGAAUUCCCAGCUUUAAGGAGAAACACUCUGGUCGUGACAAGUCUGACAAGAGCUGACUUGCAUGCUAUUUUCACUUGCCAAGCUUCUAACAACAACAUUAGCCAGCCUGUCUCAGCUUCCAUUGCCAUAGAAAUGUACCUACGACCAUUAAGCGUAUCAAUUCUUAGCAGCGAACAUGCACCUCUAAGUGCAGACCGCAAGUACGAAAUAAACUGCAUGACCGUCGGCUCAAGACCACCAGCCAACCUGUCCUGGUACAUGGAGGGCAAGCUGCUGAAGAACUCCACUCAAAAGGUAUCAGAAAAUGGAAAUAUGACAACUUCAACUUUAUCAUUUCAACCGACACGGGAUGAUCACGAUAAAAGUAUAACAUGUAGAGCUGAAAAUCCAAAAGUCGAGGGUGGCUUCGAAGAGGACACUUGGAAACUAAAUGUAUUUUUCAUACCGAUAAUUCGACUAGAGCUGGGUUCUAAAAUGAAUCCCGACGACAUCGAAGAGGGCGAUGACGUAUAUUUUGAAUGCAAAGUACGAGCUAAUCCAGAAGCCUACAAAGUCGUGUGGAAACACAAUGGAGUGGAGAUUCAUAAUAAUGCUAAAAAAGGUGUUAUCGUACAACAUUAUAGCUUGGCGCUAAGAAAAGUAAAUCGUUUUCAAGCGGGUAAUUACAAGUGUGUCGCUUCAAACGUCGAGGGUGAUGGCUACAGCGAUACCGUCGAGCUUAAAAUAAUGUAUAAACCAAUCUGCAUACCAGAUCAGAAACGAAUCUACGGUGUGGCACGACUCGAAGAGGCGAAGGUUGCCUGCCGAGUGGAAGCUUACCCGCCACCAAACAACUUUCGUUGGGCAUUCAACAACACCGAGGAAAUGGUAGAUGUGCCGCAGGCACGUUACAGGAAUUCAACCCGUCAUACACAGAGUGUGCUCACAUACAAGCCCGUCACUGAAAUGGACUAUGGUACGGUGUUGUGUUGGGCAAGCAAUACAGCGGGCCAGCAGAUGAACGCCUGCAUAUUUCACAUCAUACCGGCAGGUAAACCGGAAGCGCCGUACAACUGCACUUUGACGAAUCAAACAACAGACUCGUUAUCUGUAGAGUGUUCUGCGGGUUUCGACGGUGGCCAGCCUCAGAAUUUUCUUCUGGAGGUCUAUGAUCAACAUACGGGUAUGCUCCAAGCCAACAUUACUAGUCGGGAGAACGCAUCCUUCACUGUUCUAAACUUAGAACCGGACAAGGUGCUUAUGAUGAAGCUAUAUGCCUACAACUCUAAAGGCCGAAGUGAAGCCAUUAAACUCGAAGGGUUUACUUUAAAAAUCGCUGAAAAGCAGACUGAUGAUCCUGUUUACACGAGGGGUAAUUGCACGAGAGUAGUGCGCGUUUUGUCCUCAGGUACCCAGGUGCCGUUCGAGAUAACACCGCUACUUGGAGUACUUAUUGGGCUUGUAGCGGCGCUGCUGAUCAUCACAAUUGUCAUUCUGGGUGCAUUGAAAGUUCGCAGUGACAGGCGAGCUCACAGACCUGGUGAUUUACCGCUGAAAAAGGCGACCGCGCCCAGCUCGGAAGAUUUGUACGACACUGAUGAUCGGAAUCCAGACGUUGUUCCAACGAAUAAAGAUUCAGAUUACCAAUUAACUGGCUCAACAGCUGGUACUCCAUUAGCUGCUCAACCAACUCCCGAUGAAAUUUCUACCACUUCACUGCCUAUACAACAGAGGAAUCAUCUUCAGACUCUUAAUACUUAUUCGCAUAACGAUUAUACCAAUUAUCCCACUUUGCCGCUAACAGGGGAAGUUACUUAUGCCGAAUUGUGUCUAGCCCGACCAACGACCCUGUCAACAACGGUGGAAUCAAAACUCACGUGUUUGAGCGGCAGCCUGUCGGGCAUCGGCGGAUUCGGUGGGAGUAACGGCGGCAGCGGAGUCGGGAGCGGCGGAGGAGUGCUAGUCGGGGGUAAACCUUACAUAAAAGAAGCCACCGUAUACGCGUGUAUAGACCACAAUGCGCGACCCCCGAAAAUAGACCAAAUUUGUCAGCCAAACAAAAUAAAUCAAAUCAGCAGUCCUCUGCUGCAAGAUUCCAACAGUAGUAUCGCGACAAUAGGCACCAAGCAGCACCAUCAUCCCCGUGAAGUCGUUACCGUACGCACACCACUGAUUUCUACUCAAGAGAGCUGCGUAUAGGGGCGCGAAUCCGACGCGCUCGACAUAAACGAGUAUUACGUCUAAUCGUAGCGACGUCGAUGUAAUUAUUAUAUUAUGAUUUGAUUUUUAAAGUUUUAUUUCUCGUUUCGUAGGGUAUGAAUUGAUAAAAUUGCUUGGUUUUGUAAAUCGAUAAUAAAAAAAGUAUGUGAAUAAAUAAAUAUAAUGGACGAACAUACAAUAAUUCAAUUUAGAAUGACGACGAAAUAGAACUUGUAUGUUAUAUUUACAAUGCUUUGUUCAGCAAUCACAUAUCGAUCGGUAAUAUACCAAGUAUUUCUUUAUAAACACAUCAGUACCAUUGAUUUAACAUUUCUCAGUACAGACGCAAAGCUAUUUUUAUUAAUAUUAUUUUUUUUAUUUUGUCUGUUAUUUUAUUCGGGAUUUGUGCUUUAUUUUUUUACAAUUAUUAGAUUACGAUAAAUUUAAAACGAAACAAUAAAAUUAUUCUAAAGUUUUGUUACGACACAAAUAAUAAAUAUAAAUUCAAAAUAAAGACUUUGUCAUGACAGGUAAGAUGAGACUGCUUUUAUGAAUGCGUUCUAUAGUAUAAUAACCAUACAAUAAUUUAAUAAAAUUAAAACUAAAUAACGAAAAUAACUAAUUAAUUAAUUAAUUAAUAAUAAUAACUAUAAUAUAGACGAUAAUAAUAGAAUAAUGAUGAAGUGUAAAUACUAACAAAGCAGUUUUAUAAUAAAUGCUGCAGGUAAAUGCGACCGGAUCGCAUUUGUAAAUUCAUUUGUAAAUACUGACAGUUUAAAUAAAUUGAUAACGUUAUUUGACACUUUCAAAAGACUAAUCUCGCUUAGUAAUUAAUGAGUUAAUUAAAUUGACUUACAAAUUAUAAUGAUAAUGAAAUUACUAUACUGAGAAAGAUUAAAUUAGAAAGAUAAAGCUCAUUUUAAAUUUAGUGAAUUAAAUA